UUACACAAACACUAAAAAAAAGUCCACAUAUAUUCAGACAAAACCCUAAUUUAAGUCCCUUUAAGGGAAAAAAAAAAAAGAAAGAAAAGAAAAAAAAUAUUGUUUUUGGGUUAUUGAUAGAAAUACCACUCAUUAUUUUUGUUGCUUAAAGCCUUGCUUGCCCACAUCCCCUUAUGUUGUGCGUGGAUAUGAAAAGGAGAAAAGUUUUUGAGAGACAGAGGCUAUGGCAAUUGGCAACUCCCAUCUGAAAGGAAAUUCCCAUAUAUGAGAGAGAAGAAAGAGACCCACUAUGUGAUACCAUCCAAGGGUCAGCUACUACAGAUCAUGUACUACUAGAAGGGGAAAAAAAAAAAAAAGACAAAAGAUUGUCUACACAUAUGAUCAUGGAUGGUGAAAAUGGGAUCCGAAGACCUAAUUUUCCAUUACAAUUGUUGGAGAAGAAAAAGGAAGAACAACCACAACAGCCAUGUUCCUCCUCCGCAAACAACGGAGAAACAACAACGAUGGCAAUAACAACAACUCCAAAUCCAAAUCUUCAAAUUUCGAAGCCACCUCCCAAAAGGGCCACCACCAAAGACCGUCACACGAAAGUUGACGGUCGUGGCCGUCGGAUUCGGAUGCCUGCCCUUUGUGCUGCUAGGGUUUUUCAACUCACUAGAGAGCUCGGUCACAAAUCCGACGGCGAAACCAUCGAGUGGCUUCUACAACAGGCUGAGCCUGCCGUUAUCGCUGCCACCGGUACCGGCACCAUUCCAGCUAAUUUCACUUCGCUUAAUAUCUCUCUUCGUAGCUCUGGCUCCACCAUCUCCGCUCCUUCUCAUCUACGGACGAGUUAUUUCAGUCCCACCCAAUUCGCCGUCAGAACAAUAUCCGAUCUUUGGGAUAGAAACAACAAUCAUAAUCAUACUCUCAUCGAAGAUUCGUCUACAUUCUUGAAUUUCAACUCUCAUAAUUAUGCGAGCGCCUUCAAGCAAGAUCAAGGUGGAAUUGACGUCAUGGAAGCGGGAAAAAAACGGCGGUCGGAGCAGUUGGAAUCGUCGUCAGAGAAUUAUUUAGUUCAAACCAGUACCGGGUCGAUUCCGGCCAGUCAAAGCAGUGCGUUACCAGCGACAUUUUGGAUGGUAACGAAUCCGAGCAAUCAGGGGAGUGAUCCGAUGUGGACAUUUCCGUCGGUGGGUAACAGCAGCAUGUUGAGAGGGGCGGGCUGGCGGGGCGGCGGCGGAGGGUUUCAUUUCAUGAAUCUGCCACCACAUGGCACUUUGCCAAGUGGGCAACAGUUGGGGACAGGGAUCGGGAGUGGCGGUGGUCCGGCGACGGAGAGCCACUUGGGGAUGUUGGCGGCUCUAAGUGCUUAUAGAACAACGAUGCCGGGAUUGUCCAUUUCAGAAUCGCCAACUUCUAAUAAUCCUAAUCAAUCAUAGACCCAACAACAACAUCUCAACAAUCUGUAUGCUUGCUGAAUUUCCAAUCCUAAUAUUAUACUUUCUUUUUUUUUUUUCUCUACUCAUUCAUUUUCUCACUAAAUAUACAUAUCAUAUUAAAUAUGAGUUAUGCAAUUUUACCACAAUAGGAUUACAGGUAUGUUAUUGAGAAGAAAAAAAAAAAGGAGUGAUUUUUAUUUUUUAUUGCAGUUUGUGUAUUGAGUUUCCAUUUAAAAGUGCAAUUUUUUUUAGUGUUAUAGUAGUAUGGAUGGAUUUGGUAAGUAAUUAAAGCUUUUGAGAAGCGAAAACAUGAAAAAAGGCUUGGAUUUGGCUUUGUAUUUU